CAGAAUCUAAUUUUCUCUCUGUAAUUACAUGUAUUGAAAUGUAAUUACGUGCCUGUACAGCUGACGAAUCAGAUUCAAUUUCAAGCGUCUAUCAGUUUUUUUCAUCGUAUGAUUGUGGCGAUCCUGAGUGACGUAUAUAUACAUAUGUCGAAGAAACGGUAAAACGGGGAAUUCCGCCGACGUUAGGAGCGGGAGUGAUUAGGUUUUGUUGCGAGUACAUUGUUGGUGUUUUCAAAAUAUUCGCCGUUCUGAGCUCGUAUUUCGCACUUAAAAUACACGCAAUCACGAUGGAGGAGAUUCGGGUCAUGUGGUGUGAUACACUAGAGGAAUUGCUCCAAUGUCCCGUAUGCCUAGAAGCAUCACAGGGUGUGAAGGUUCAAUGCACAAAUGGGCAUCAUAUAUGUAAUUUAUGCAGGACACAAUUACAGAUGUGUCCUAUAUGCAAAUCUUCUUUUCUGCCAACCAGAAAUUUGGCAGUGGAACAAAUUUCUGCCAAAUUAUCUGAUAUAAAGUUAUCUCUGCUGCAUCCAUAUCAUGCACUGAAUAGACGAAUUCUACACAACAAGAUUUGUGUAGCUACUCAAACCGAGGAUGUUUGCAUGCCUUCUACUGCCUGUCAAACUGAAUCUGUAAAUCAAAUUAAACCGAUUACUACUAAAAACGAACAAAAGUUGACACUAAAUUUGGCGCCUAGAGUAGGAAAAGGAUCAUACCCUUGUCGUAUUGGAUCUUGCACAUUGGAAUUAGUACAUGGAAGAAUGAUUGGUCAUUUAAGAUAUUAUCAUAAAGAUGUAUUUUAUGAGUUCACCACAAAAGAUAAUAUAUUUAAAAAAAAGUGGAAUCUGGAAUAUAUCAUAAAUCGAGAUUACGAUUUUGCUUUUCAUAUCAAAGAAAUGGGUUUAUUUUUUUUAAACAUCUCCAUAAAUCAAAUUGGUGAUCUAAUGGCUUCUUUACAACUUGUUAAUUGCAUUGCUGUAUGCAAACAGUUCAUGUAUACAUUUGAAGCAAUUGGGACAAUUAAUGCUCAUUAUUCUGGUCAGGUGAAAUCAUGCAGAGCAGCAAGUAAAUUUCUUUUAAAUGAAUAUUUGCACAUACGUGAGAAUAACAUGCGUCGUAUAAUUGACAACAAAAAUUACUUUAACUGUAAUCUAAUAAUAAGGCGUAGAAUUGAUUACAGAACAAUCUCUACUCAGAAUAAUCCAAUGCAUAUUUCUGACGAUAUGGCUGAUUAAAAUAAACAUAAUUUUUUAUUUUAUAUAAAAAAAGAAUCAAUUACUGAAUUUGUAAACAAAUAAUAGUAAAAUAGGUGUUUUCUUGACAUUUUUUACGUAAAAUAAUGUUUCUGUAAAACUGAUUGAAACUUUUUUAAUUAUUGAAUGUAAAACAACAUUUUAAUUAUUUAAUUAUGCUACUAAUUGUAAUGUUUAAACAAUUUGUAUUCAUUGAAAUGAGAACAUUUAGAUCAUUUUUCUUUUAAGCUUAUGUCUCUCAGUACUGCCUAAUUGAUAAACUGAAGAGGAAAUUGAAGAUUUUGUUACGGAUUGCAGAUAUAAAUGCAAUCAGGUAAAGAUAGUGUAAUAAUUUUUUACCAAUGUUUAUAUUUUAAUAUUUCAUUACAAUCGCUGUUAGGCAGUCCUGUUUUAAAAAGAUAGGAAGGGAAAAAAAGUAUUGUGUAUUUUUUGCUUGGAACACUUCCUAUAUAUUCUUUCAGUAAAAUUAAUAUCAGAAGUCUUGAUGUGGAAUGAGACAAUUUUAAGAACUUUUUAGCGACGAAACGAAGGAAAACUUCGUGAUACGUAUGUAUUAUAAUCACGACAUAUGUGAUAUAACUUACAUAUAAUAUUACGGACAGAAAAGUUGUUAAUGUACUUCUAUAUAUGAAAUAAAGUUAUUAUGUUAAAAA